AGCCCUGCUCAGUCAGGUAGACAAUCUUGUGUUUUUCAUUUUGACGUUCUGACAUUUGACAUAGGAAAACUCUGUGAUUUGUAAAUGAGUGGGUCUGGAGAUUACCUUUCUAGCGUUGAUUAUAAUUCGUUGCUAAAGAAUUUUGCGAAAUCUAUUGGCAUAUAUUGAACGCCUUCGUAUCUGGAAUUUUUGACGGCCGGGAAGUUGGAAGGGAGUUCCCCCGAAUCAUGAAAUAAAUACAAAGUCCCUAACAGUGCAGCCCCUUCGCGUCGAGGACAUUUAACUUUGUCAGUUUCCUUUCCCAAAACGAAAAUGCUCUGCUAUAAUGUAGUACGAAUAAAGGCGGAAAUUAUGAAUAAAUGCAUCCGUGGAAAUGCUCUCGUGAUUUCUAUUUUCUAGUUCUUACAAGAGAAAUUAAUGCCCACGACUUUUGGUAUACGAGAAAGUUAUUCAGAGUCUCAUUCAUAUUUAAGUGACUGCCUUGCUAAUGAGUGUUAUCCAUGCAGAUUGUUCCGAUUGUGCACUUUUUCCGUUUAUGCAUUGUCCUUUAUUUAUGUUAGUUCGCAUGCGUGACGUCUCGAGGAUAUUAGCCAUCUACAGCCUGGUCUUAAUCGAUAAGAUUUUUUUUUGUUUAUAAGUAGAAUAUCACAUCUUUUUCAAGAAAAAUGAGUGAAUUAAUACAGGACGACUAGCAAAUGGCCUUUAGGAAUCAAAGAAUUGUUUAUUGAAUGGUUAGCGAGUAACCGCAGCUCCCAAACUAGGAAACCAUCAACGUUUAGACCGUAAGCUGCACAAAAUUAUGUUCAAAUCACUAAAAUCAGAGGUAUUGUAACAUCAACUCAUAUGUCCGAAAGCAUACAUGUUCUGUAUAAAAAAUAAAACAAAGAACCAACUUCUGUUUUGCCAUUUGGCGAGCACAAGACCAGAGUAUGGGUGCAGCAAUGGGUAAAAAUGGAGGAAAUUUAUUGGAUUCACUUCCGUCUACACAGGGAACAUUACAUGUCGUCAUGCUCGGAUUAGAUUCGGCCGGAAAGACUACAGCGUUAUAUCGUUUGAAAUUUGACCAGUAUUUAAAUACCGUACCGACAAUAGGCUUUAAUUGUGAAAAGGUCCGAGGUGCUGUUGGGAAAGCCAAAGGUGUUCAAUUUCUAGUUUGGGAUGUUGGUGGUCAGGAAAAAUUACGUCCGCUCUGGCGAAGCUACACAAGGUGUACCGAUGGUAUAGUGUUUGUUGUGGAUUCAGUGGACGUGGAAAGGAUGGAAGAAGCUAAAAUGGAACUUAUGCGGACCGCUAAAUGUCCAGAUAAUCAGGGGGUUCCUGUAUUGAUCCUAGCAAAUAAACAAGACUUGCCCGGCGCUCGUGAACCAAAAGAAUUAGAAAAAUUACUAAGUUUGCAUGAGCUAUCCCCUAUACAUCCGUUAACAUCAUCUGGGCCUGCUAUUGAUUCACUAUCAACAACCGGCUCACCGCAUCAGAGUUCCACAGCGAAAACACCUGGAGAUAAUAUUAUUCGAAAGGAAGAUUGUCACACGCAAUCAUCAAAUACAAUUACAUCUAUUCUAAACACAGCAAGCACAACGGCAGCUAAUAGUAGUACUACUGUGACUUCAUCGUCAUAUCAGAAUUACAAAGGUUGGCAUAUUCAGCCAGCGUGCGCCAUAACGGGCGAAGGACUGCAAGAAGGUUUGGAGGCUCUACAUGAAAUGAUUGUAAAAAAGCGUAAAAUGAAUAAAGUAACCAAGAAAAAACGAUAAGCCGUCCCAUCGGUUUUCAAGUCGCCGAUGGGUUUUAGGUAAUAUUUUUGUAAAGUAGAAGACAACCGUGAGUUUUGUGUGUUAACCACUGCCUUGCCGUUUGAUUUAUAAACACGCGAUUCAGACUUUCGGACUAGAAAUGAAGGAUUCGAAAUUAUUCCGCCAGCCUGAACCUCGAAGUAUUCUUCCUAAUAACUUAAAAAGUCUGCCUUUCAUCAUUUCAACGGACAAGGCAUAUAUAUUCAGCUAUGUGAUAAGGAAGCGCGACCCUCGUCAGAUCUGGAUUUGUGAAUAUGUUGUACAUACUAUUUUCAAAAUUAAAUGCGAUUUGAACACUUUGAAUCAUGAGAUAUUAAAACCACUCACAAAUUCAUGUGUACAUCAUGAAAUAUUAAGCCAUCGAGUGCUCAUAAGAUUUCUUUAUGAUAACGCAGUUAAAGCCAUCGCUUUCAAAAAAAGGCUUUUAUUCUAAGCAAGGGUUUACUGAAAUCGAAAACAGCAUAAAACACUUUCAAAAUUCUAACCUAUUCCUUGAGUGUCGAUAUAGGAAACAUUAGGUAUUCAGCGCAAACUUUCACAGUUCCGUGCUAAAAAAGGAAGUACGCAAAAUUUUAAGAAAUCUUAUUUUUGGAAUCAUACAGCGCCGCUUACUUCGCUCGUUAUUAGAUGAGACUGAUAUUUUGUAUAGUUACUACUACGGAGCGACUUUUAAAAGAAAAUGAAGAAGUGUAGUUAUAUUUAACAGAAACAUAAGAUAAAAGAUAAAAAAAAAAAACGGCAAGGGAAGACAUUUGUUAAUUUUUACCAUUACUCGGAAAGCAAAAAUCGUUGCAUUUAGGGAGAGUAAGAUGAAAGUAUGCGUGAGUUAGAAUGUAUAUUAAUGUUCGGCUAAGCACUGUUUUGCAUACUUAGUCCAUAAGUUCAGGUAAUAAGAAACGUUUGUUGUAACUAUGUUCGUUAUUUGUUGUGAAUGUUUUGUUUAAUUUGUUAUAGUUUUAGUUCUAAAUUUGCUUUAUCAGGAUCAUCUUGUACACACGUAUUUACCUGCAUUCAUUUUUAUUUUGAAUUAAUGUGUACGGUCACCCCGUUUUCAUUUCUAAUUAAGAUCAUCUAUUUAUUGCAAUCGUAGAAUUUCUUAUUCUGUUAUUAUCUCGUAAAAAGUAUCUGAAAAAAAAAUAAUA